CAGAAUGGGAAGAUACAGAGAUGUCCGCCAUUACUCCUGCUCUACCAACCAUUUCCCUUAAUCCGCCCAUCGCCGCCCUCAAUCUCCGAUCCGCCACCAGCCACCUCAUCCUCUCCACUCACCGUCGCCGCCGUCUUUACCCCCCACUACGAGUUGCAAAUGACUCGAAAGCGACGGAGGUGUCUCCGGAUCGCAUAACCGGUAAUUCGGAGGCUGACAAGAUUGUCGAUGGCAUGGAGUUUGGUGAGCUAUGCAACGAGUUCGAAUGCAUUAGCAGCCCAUCUGUUGAAGCUACGGCAAGACAACUCGUACGUGACAUCUUAGAGCUCCGGGAGGGCAAUCGUGCUCUUGGAACAUAUGCUGUUUCCGUAAAAUACAAGGAUCCCGUUAGAAGUUUUACCGGGCGCGAGAAAUACAAACGACCAUUAUGGUCAAGCGUUGCGCUAGAUAAACCAACUGUGAGUGUGCAAGACAUGUCGAUGUUGUCUACGAGUCUCUUGAAUAUAAAGUGGACUCUGAAAGGGAACCCGAAAAACCCGCUAGUUAGAGUAGGAGGACCCGUGAUUCUCAAAGUAAACGCUCGGUUUACACUAAACCAAAUUAGUGGUCAAGUUAUCGAGCACGAAGAGCUUUGGGAUUUAUCGUCAUCAUCAACCAUUGCUCAGGCGUAUUUCUGGGCAUCACGUCGUCUGUUUUCUACAACCGAGGCUGCAAAGGAUAUCUCCGAUUCCGUCAAGAACUUGUCGAGCCGCUUUUCGACAAAGAAAGAAAAUACGGGGAUAUAUCCCGACCCCACUGAUCCCACAAAGUUUUUCCAAAGCAACAAUGACUUUCAGAGGGAUGCUUAUCAGCUGGCACUGUUUCUUGCACUCAUCUACUUUCUGGUACAGUUCUUGAGGACAACUUUGUAAAACCACUGUAAGUAAACCUCUAAAUGUAAUUAAUUAAUUAUUCAUACCUUAUAAAUCUUUCUUUAUAAAUGAUUUUUUCU